CAGCGUUAUACUCUUGCGGCUGUUUUUUGCAAAACGAAUUGAUAUUUUUUUGUUUUUCCGUGUUAAGCAAAAUAAUUUGUUUAUUAACACAUUUAGAGGUGAGACUAAUUUUCUUAACACGGUUUUUAUUCAAGCAAAAUGGCUGUUCGUCUAACGCAGAGAGUAUUAAAAACUCAAACUCCCUUCUUAAGUCGGGGUUAUCCCAUGUUGGUAACCAAGGAGAAGACAGAAGAUGUAGCUCAUACCAAAACAGCUUUACAGAAGAAAUUAACGAGAACCGAUAUCCCUUCAGCUCAAUACGGUGGACGUCAUGCAGUUACCAUGCUGCCAGGUGGAGGUAUUGGCCCUGAACUAAUGACCUAUGUUCGAGAUAUAUUCGCUUUUUGUGGGGCGCCAAUUGACUUUGAAGUCGUAGAAAUUAAUCCCUCUACAGAGGGCAAUGAGGAUUUGGAGUAUGCUAUAACUUCGAUUAAACGUAAUGGUGUAGCUCUUAAGGGCAAUAUUGAGACAAAAUCUCAAAGUUUAAGCGAAGUGUCGCGUAAUGUGGCAAUCCGUAAUGAAUUGGAUUUAUUUGUAAAUGUAGUACAUUGCAAAUCGUUUCCGGGUAUCCCAGCACGGCAUAAAGAUGUUGAUAUAGUUCUUAUACGUCAGAAUACCGAUGGUGAAUAUGCUAUGUUGGAACACGAAUCGGUGAAAGGUGUAGUGGAAAGCAUGAAAGUAGUGUCUUUGGAGAAUGCUGAACGUGUGGCGCGUUUCGCAUUCGAAUAUGCUCGUCAAAAUGGACGUAAAAAAGUUACCACCAUUCACAAGGCCAACAUUAUGAAAUUAUCGGAUGGCUUGUUUUUGGAAGUUGCGAAAAAAGUGCAUAAAGACUAUCCAGAAUUAGAACACAACAAUAUGAUCAUUGAUAACACUUGCAUGCAAUUGGUAUCUAAUCCGCAUCAGUUUGAUGUCAUGAACAUGCCAAACUUGUAUGGUACCAUUGUUUCAAAUGUUAUUUGUGGCUUAAUUGGCGGCGCUGGUUUACUUUCGGGCCGUAAUUAUGGCGAUCAUUAUGCGAUCUUUGAGCCAGGCACGCGUAAUACAGGCACAGCCAUUGCUGGUAAGAAUAUUGCCAAUCCAGUUGCGAUGAUUAUGGCAAGCGUUGAUAUGCUUAAUCAUACUGGGCAUAAGGAACAUGCUCGUAUUAUCAAAGAUGCUACGUAUGAGACUGUGGUUACCAAAGGUGUGCGCACGCCAGAUUUGGGCGGCACAAACUCCAGUACCGAUGUUGUUAAAUCGGUUUUAGAUAUUUUGUCUACACGUCGGGUCCAUUGGUAAAUUUUACGUUUCUAGAAGCUAAAUGUUAAAUGUUUUCUAUAUUUUUGUUUUAUUUUAUAUUAUAACUAUUUAACUGAUUAUUCUUGUAUUCUUGUAGUGUCUAAAAUUGUUAACUGGUCCCUAGUGUUCUUUUUUUUUUUUUUGUUUUCUUCUAAAGUAUUUUCCUGUUUCCUUUUUGCUUAGAAACAAAUUUCUAUAUCCACUUGCUUUAAAUAUUUUUGUUUAUAACUUAUACAAAAUGCUUUUUCAUUUUUAUUUUGCAUUUUCAUAUAUUGUUUGCGUCUUAUAUACACGUAUAAUCUCGCUUAUUGAAUUAAUCUUCAAAUAACUAUAUAUGCCUUAUCGUAACGCCUGAAACCUAUAAAGUAUGUAAUUAGCUUAGACUACGUCUAGUAACGAUCUUGCUUAUAUUAAAUUUUAAAUUCUUUUAACAAGUUUUAUAUUAAUUAUUAGUUGAAUAUCUGGUACAGAUUUAAAAUGAAAGUACUUUGGUUAUUGUAAGCGUUUUUGUUGAUAAUUGAAACCAUACGCACAACAAGAUAUGUUACAAGAUGCAUUACGUGGAUAGUCCGCGACUAAUCAUUAAUUCAUUCAAAUUGUUGUCUAAAUUUUUUUUUUUUAUGUGAUUUUUUGUGUUUGGCUCCAGUAUCGUUGAAAAGUGCUGAAUAAUAUGACAUAAGUAAAUUCGUGCAGAAGCUGGAAUAUUGCUGAGUGCUCCAAAGAGAAAAACUUUUUGCCCCUCAAGCAGGUGCAGAAUUUUCUUCAGCUUUACGCCCUAGAAAAAUUUGGAAUCAAGUUGACUGCUGACCUAACGCCUAGCAAAUAAAUUAGGAUAAAUAAGGAUAACGACCUACAGCUUAGUAAAACAAGAACAUUAUAGUCAGGCAACGUAGACCAUUAAAUAUCCUACACCACACUGU